AUGCUGCGUAUAGUGGCUGUUAUACUACUGCUCAAUGUUCAGUUUAAUUCUGGAGAGCCAGUUGAGGUCAAGAGUCUUUAUGGCUCCCUCCAACAAGAUCCAGAAGAUCGUUGCAAAGAAACUGUGGAUCCAGGACCAUGCCAGUACUACCAAACAAAAUGGUUCUGGGACGAGGCUGAUGAAUCCUGUAAGGAGUUUCACUAUGGUGGAUGUAUGGGCAACAAAAAUCGUUUCAAUACUAAGCACGAAUGUCUGAAACAAUGUCGCUACAAACUUUUCAAUCCCGUUGCUGUUCCAGGUUAG